AGUUUGCCGGCCCGACAUUACCACCACGACGUAUACUUAUAUCGAUGUCAAUGAUCCCGCCUUUACCAAUCUAAGUCUUGUACUCUUAUCAUGUCUGGAAAAUUAGCCUCAGAAUAUGACUCUUGGAAGAAAUUGCAGCACAUCUACGACUCUGAGCGGUCGAAGCUGAUCCUGAAGGAUCUCUUUGCUCAGGAUCCUGAUCGUUUCUCCAAGUUUUCUACAGAUUACGUUUCUACAAGCGGGCCAGAUGUAACGUUUUUGCUGGACUACUCGAAGAACUUGAUUACCCAGCCCAUCCUCGACACUCUUCUCUCCCUCGUCCGCGAAGCUCAAGUAGAGUCCUUCCGAAACAAAAUGUUCGCUGGCGAGCACAUCAACACCUCGGAAGACCGAGCUGUUCUUCACGUUGCCCUCCGAAACUUCAACGACUUCCAAAUUCAAGAAGCUGGCACAGACGAAGUCGCGUCGGUGCUGGAGCACAUGAAAGUCUUUUCCGAAUCCGUCCGAAGCGGCGAGUGGAAGGGAUACACUGGCAAGACGAUCAACACCAUCGUGAACAUCGGCAUUGGUGGAUCCGAUCUUGGCCCAGUCAUGGUCACUGAGGCGCUCAAGCCCUACUCCAAGCGUGACCUCACUGCGCACUUUGUGUCCAACAUCGAUGGCACGCAUAUAGCAGAAACUCUGCGAGCCUGUGAUCCUGAAACGACUCUUUUCAUCAUCGCCAGCAAAACGUUUACGACCCAGGAGACGAUCACCAAUGCUGAAUCUGCAAAGGAAUGGUUCCUUUCUUCGGCUAAAGACCAAGCUCACGUCGCGAAGCAUUUUGUCGCUUUGAGUACCAAUACCAAGGCCGUUACUGCAUUUGGCAUUGCCAAGGAGAACAUGUUCCAGUUUUGGGACUGGGUUGGUGGACGGUACUCCCUCUGGAGCGCAAUCGGACUGUCGAUCGCGUUAGUAAUUGGUUAUGACAACUUCGAGCAGCUGUUGAAGGGCGCGCAUGCAAUGGACAAGCAUUUCAAGGAGACUCCCUUGGAGAAGAACUUGCCCGUUCUGUUAGCGGUUGUCGGGAUCUGGUACAACGACUUUUACGGUGCACAAACGCAUGCAUUGCUACCAUACGACCAGUACUUGCACAAGUUUGCCGAUUACUUCCAGCAGGGAGAUAUGGAGUCAAACGGAAAGACUGUCACAAAGAAUGGACAUCGGGUAAACUAUGAAACGGGACCCAUUCUCUGGGGUGCAGCAGGCACCAAUGGCCAACACUCUUUCUACCAACUUGUCCAUCAGGGCACCAAACUCAUACCAACUGACUUCAUUGCCCCAGCCACCACACACAACCCCAUUGCACAUUCGAAGCAUCACCGUAUUCUCCUAUCCAAUUUCUUUGCUCAGCCGGAGGCAUUGGCCUUCGGUAAGACCGAGGAGGAGGUCAAGAAGGAGUUGGGGAGUGGAGCGAGUGAGGCACUGAUCAAGAGUAAGGUGUUUGAGGGUAACAAGCCGAGUAACUCGAUUAUGUUCCCGCUGUUGACACCUGCGACUCUUGGCGCUCUCAUUGCAAUGUACGAACAUAAGAUAUUCGUGCAGGGUGUUAUCUGGGGUAUCAACUCUUUCGACCAAAUGGGUGUUGAACUUGGUAAGGUUCUCGCUAAGAACAUCCUCGCACAGCUCGACAAGCCCGAGGACGUCACUGGACAUGACAGCUCCACCACUGGUCUCAUCCACUACUAUCAAAAAUUCAGGAAGGAGUAAUCUCCUCCUGAUGACUCGGAACAUGCUUCAGAUUGCAAUACUAAUAGAAUGGAGAUCAUCGACCAAACUGCAACGAUCGAUUGCUACUAAAUAUAUGUAUGAAGGAUAUCGAUAAAUACAAAUGCAAACUGUACAAUGAUAUAGAG